UUUUGAAAUUUUAAAUUUAGCAAUUAGUUCAAAUGUACCCUGCUUGUGGCUUAGUCAGUCGACUGCGUAGUUCUGGUGUGUUUGCUAUGCGACAUUGGGACUACCUGUUGUCAUGUAGACACGUGUUGGCGCGAACUGUCAGUAACAGUUUAGUCAUCAACUGGAGAAGUUUUGUGACGAUGUUUUUUGUGAACGGUAAACGUAGAUACUUGCAGCAGAAUGAGCAACACAGUUUGUUAAUGGAUUUUGUUGAACGUGACGUUUUCGAAGACUGUCAGAAAAGUAAUGGUGAAAUUAAGGUCCAUUUGCCAGUUCCUUUGCAUAAACCAUUUCCUAUUUUAAAGGAUGACAUUUUGUUGGAGUUGCCAAAGGCCAAAGCGAAAUAUAAAGAAGAGCAGGCUAAAUGUCAGGUUAUUUAUAAGAAGUAUAAACAAAAUAUCAUUCGAGAAAGAUUUGGAAAAACUGAAUACUUGCACAUCCCCAAAGGUCUAUUAAGAUUUUACCAAAUGAAGGAUCCUGAUCCAAUGUUUGAUUUUGACUAUAAUGCUUAUUAUACUGGUGGAUUUUUGGAAUGUUGCAGUAUUGAUGGUAAAACAGGUUUAAUCAGGCCCAAUUGCAAAAACAAUUUGUGUGUUACCUUCUUGAAUAAGUCAAAGAAAACACACAAAAUUCCUUUCAAAACCAAAACAUCUAUUUAUAAUAUUUUGGUCACAGAACAUUAUUUGGCAACCAGAGAAAAAAACUGCAUUAGUAUUAUAGAAAUAAAUGACCUGAAGGAAGUCAAUUUAAAACACACAAUAGAACACAAAUUGGGGUUUUUUGACGCAAAAAUGCACAAAGAUGAAACAAAGCUUGGCACCCUAACUAUAGACCUAAGACUACAAGUAACAGACUUAACAACAGGUAAACACAUGAGAACAUUUGCAUGCAACAAAGACAAGUUUGGCCAGUUCACAUUCAGAGACACAAACACCUUUUAUGCUGUGACUGGAAGGGAAAUUUAUCUUUUCGACCUGAGAUCCAGAGAUAGAAACGUGCACGACUUAAAAUUGGGCGAUUGUAACCCUCUUUGCAAUCUAGUUUUGCACAACAACGAUUUGUUUUUAUCCUCCAGACAUUAUUUAUUGAAAGCAGACACAAGAGAUUUUGAAAAUGUGGAUUAUUACUCACACGCUUUAAACUCGAUGCCUUGUUACUUGCAAGUUUUACCUGAAAAAUGUUUGGUGUGUUGUGCGGGUCAAAAAGAGACACAGAAAUGUUUAUACACUGGUUUGCCUUUGCCUCUUUCAAUGCCCAGCUUAAAAAGGACGUUAAGAGAGUGUCGGCUUAGGAAAGACAUACUUUUAAACUUUACCGUGGAUGAACGCAUCGACUAUUCGAUUGCCGGCCUAAAACUAGUGUUGGAAGACGACGAACCUGUCGUCUACUACAGUAAUUCACUCGGGGAAAUAUUCAGGCAACAAAUAGGGAGGAGCACUGACGACUGGGACGAUGUGAUUGAAAAAUCCUCAGAGUUAAUGCAGGAGUGGGUGGAGAAUCUGCCUAAAAAGACGCCGGUGGUCAACGCCACUAACAUAGCUGAAGCUGGGCGGUUGAGGUUCGCCCUGACCAGGGUCGAACCGUCCAGGAAGGCGUUUACGGCGCCAGGCAAUGCGGGAAAGUUCCUGGAGGAUUACGGGAAAAAGUAUGAUGUGGAUAACAUGGAUGGGUUGGCCAAGGAGUUUAUGAAGGUGUGGUUCGAAGACGAGGAAAGAGAGGAUGAAAGGGAGAAGAUCGCACCUGAGGAGCCCUACUUCAGCAAGGUCCACAACUGGAUCCAAGGACAGGAAUUCAACGACAACAGCUUUCACAGCUUCUUCGAAUCUGAUCAUUCAAAUCUCUGAAUUAUUAUUUAUAGUUUGUAAAUAUUAUUAUUUAGCAAGGCAAGGCGGGGGCGACCUCCAUGAUCACAUCGCGGGCAUCGAUGAUCAAGUUCAACACCAAAUUUAUCGAGGGGGGCGUCGACACGACAAAAAAAAUGUACUGUACGAGGCAAGUGUUGCGAAUCAC